UUAAGUUUUCCUAAAUGCACUUCCCUCGCAUUUUGUAUUAAACUUGGUUUACUAUGACUACAACUACCAUAAUACCCUAAACAGUAGGGCUAAACAUGGCAGGCUCCUCUGCAGGAAUGACUGCAUUGCUAUGUAAUAUGAAUAAACAAAUUGCAAUAUUUUAUCCAACGAUUACUUCUCACCAAAGGCACAGUUGGUGUGUGAUAAGGAGAAUAUGUACGUCUGUCUCCCGAUGUCAGAGUCAAGCCCAAACAAAAAGUGCUCCCCAGGAGUUGGUAGGUGUAGUGGGUCUGGAGAUCCAUGCUCAGAUCCACUCCAACACCAAGCUGUUUUCUGGCUCCCAGGUCGGGUUCCAGGCUCCACCUAACUCCCUGGUGUCCUUCUUUGAUGCCUCCUUACCUGGAACGCUACCAGUGCUGAACAGACGAUGUGUGGAGGCUGCAGUGAUGACAGGCUUGGCCCUUAACUGUACCAUCAACAGGAAGUCUCUCUUUGACAGGAAACACUACUUCUACGCUGACCUUCCUGCAGGCUACCAGAUCACCCAACAGAGGCUGCCCAUCGCGGUGGACGGAACCCUGACCUACAGUCACCUGGGCGGCCGUAAGAGGAACACAGUGGUCACCAAGAGUGUCAGGAUCAAACAGAUCCAGCUGGAGCAGGACAGUGGCAAAAGCCUCCACGAUGACUACAGGAGCCAGACCCUUAUAGACCUCAACAGAGCAGGUGUGGGACUGAUGGAGCUGGUGAUGGAGCCAGACAUGAGCUGUGGAGAGGAGGCAGCAGCAGCCGUCAGAGAGAUCCAGCUCAUACUGCAGGCUCUAGGGACCUGCCAGGGAAACAUGGCUGAGGGCCAGCUGAGAGUGGAUGCCAACGUGUCCGUCCACAGACCUGGGGAUCCUUGGGGCAUCAGGACUGAGGUCAAGAACAUCAACAGUGCCCGCAACCUGGCCAGGGCCAUAGACUAUGAGAUCCAGAGACAGAUGGUUGUCCUAGAGAGCGGCGGCACAGUGCAGAAUGAGACACGGUCGUCUGAUGGCAAGACUGGUCACACCAUUCCAAUGAGAGAUAAGGAGGGCCUUCAGGACUAUAGGUUCAUGCCGGAGCCCAACCUGCCUCCUCUGAUGGUGUACGAGUCGUGCUCUACAGCCCCCCCUGGUGUUGCCCCCAGCCAGGUGGUGGUUCUGGAGGAGGUGAGGGAGAGGCUGCCGGAGCUGCCCAGCGUCAGGAGGCAGAGGCUGGUGGAGACCUACGGCAUCCUCCCCGAACACAGCUUCACUCUGGUGAAUGAGGACGGGCUGAUGGACUACUUUGAGGCCGUCGCCAGGGAGACCAAGGCUGGGCCAAGAAAGGUGAUUGGCUGGGUGAUGAACGAGCUGCAGGGCCUCCUCCAUCAACAGAACCUGAGUGUCAGCCAGAGUCCGAUCUCUCCUCAAGCUCUAGCCCAGCUACUGAAUCUCCAGGAGAAUGGACAAAUCUCUUCUUCUGUCGCCAAGCAGGUGUUCCAGGAGCUGUGGAAGACCCCAGGUAAAACGGCCCAGCAGAUCGUCAAGGAGCAGGACCUGGGGAUGGUCAACGACAGCACAGAGAUCCACAGGAUUUGCCAGAAGGUGGUAGACUCACACCCAGACCAGGUCCAAGCCAUCCGCGGUGGGAACAAGAAGGUUCUGAACAAGCUCAUGGGUCUGGUCCAGAAGGAGACUAAAGGCAGGGCUGACCCAGUCCUGGUACGGGCCAUCCUGGAGGAGAAGACCUCCUGAGGGAUAACUACCACUGUCUAUGGCCACUGUGACUGCCUCAACCUUUAUAUGCCUGGUGGAAUAUCAAACUGGUCCAAGAGGCAGCAAACAUGACAUCCUUAUGGCUUCAUCAUAGUUAUCAUGUCCUCUGGUCAAGAGGAUUAUUGUUGCUAAAUCAACUGUCUGUCAUGUUGUCUUCUGGCACCGUAACCGCCUUUAAGUUGUUGCAGUUGUAUUGUAACUUUAUGUGUACAAAAGGUCAUAAAUAUAUUAUAAUUCUCAUUCGGAGUGUGCACUCUUAUCCCCUCCCAAACACACACUUCAUCUAAAACUGUCAAGUGAAUGGCAUGAUAAUCACACUUUAAGCAGAGACAUUCCGGAAUCUGAUUGCAGUUUGGAACACUCUGAACCCACCAUUGGCAGAUCACAGCUAAUAAUGGUAUGGCCCAUUACCAGGCGGUUUGGGAGUCGUCCCAGAAUUCAUCUUGCUGUUUUUAUCACUGUCGUCUGGCAGCACUGGAAUAAAUCAGGAGAGCAACGGAGGACAGAAGUACUAUAUGCAAUGUAUCACCUCCUGAUACUCCCUCUAAAAUGGAUUAGGAAUGAUUUAGAGUUCAGUGUUCAGUCAGAGGGGAGAGAGGAAGUAGUCAUGAGUAAGCGCCACCUUGUGGCUGUCAAGUGAAGGAGAUACAUACUGUAACCUGCAAUACUGAGACAUAUUGGCGUUUUCUCUAUCCGUUAACCUUCUGUGCUUGGCUCUCUAGAGUUAUGCAUCUCUUUACAUUCAGAUGGCUUGAAUAUUGGGUUUGUCAAAUCACGGUAAUUCAGUACUGGCUGGCUGUGUGCAUGUGAGUUCUUGUAAUGUAGGUAUUUGCCUCCCAUUCAUCCCCCUUUGUUUCUAUUGAAUGCCGUAUGUAGUGACCUAUAUAAGAGGUAUUGUACAUAACACAAUUGGACUUCUUGAUAAAGAAAAUACAGGGUUUUGUGGCUGGCUUCUAUUUGAGUGCCUGUGAAGAUGACCUAGUUUUGAACAGAAGCUGGGUCACUGGAUGAAAGGCUGUCAGAAGCCCUGUUUAUACCUGCUGUUAAUAUUCGUCCUGAUCUUGUCCGUUUUACACUUGGAUCUCAUCACAAUGAGUCUUUUAAUCGUCCAAAAAAAUGUGGGCACAAUCAAAAUUGGACAAGAUCAGGACAAAGGCUGCAUGAUAGAACCAGGUAUAAACAGGGCUAGAGAGGGUAUUGUUUACUAAAUGAGGCAAGUGGAGUCCACUGAACAAACCAUCCAAAACACAACCACCUCUGGGCGAAAGAAGAGGAAGGAAAAAUGUGUUUUCCCUGUGCUUUGCAUCUUACUUUACCUUUGCUGAGGUAAAGCGAAAAUAGACAUUUUGUCUUCCUCUUCUUUCGCCCAGAGGUGGUUGUGUUUUGGAUGGUUUGUGCAGUGGACUCCACUUGCCUCAUUUAGUAAAAAAUCCCCUCUCGCCCUGUUUAUACCUGGUUCUAACAUGCAGCCUUUGUCCUGAUCUUGUCCAAUUUUGAUUGUGCCCACAUUUUUUGUUUGGUAGUGAAGCUGUCAAAAGUCAAAACACAUGACAUAGUAUUUGUUUAUCUGUUCUUCAAUAAAAACGUAUUAUAGAGAAAGAAUACACUAAUACAUGUUUUCAUUGGACAAGAAAUGUCUUUAUUAAAAUAAUCAUGCCUUGGAGCCUCUGACUUCAAUGACAAACAGAAUAAUAUACACUGGAGUAACCUGACAAGGUCUUGGUCAUCACUGACAUCUAAAAUGGAUGCUAAUAGUUGUAGGAAGGGAGAAACUGACUAAUUGUCUUUGGAAUGAAACCUCUAUGCAACUGAAGAGAACUGUGCCUCUAAAUUUGGUUGAAAUAAAUGUGCUCCACACAACAUUCUACUACAAGAAAAUAUGGAUGGAGUAUAUAACCAAAUUUAGCAAUGGCAAGAAAUGAUGGGUUCCAUAGCUGUCCAUCGGCCCAGUUCGUGGACUAGUUCAAGCAGACCGUGGUAUUUUUGCCUUUGCAGCUGCAUCCACAUUCAUCCCCUGGGUAAUGUUCAUUAGGACGCACCGUAGGAAAAAGUUUUGCAACAGAAAACAAAAAAAGAGCAUUUCUAUUUGGAUAAGCUCUGUUUUGUGCCUACUGAACAUGACCAUGCUUAGCCCAGAGUAGACGCUGUAGGCAACAAGAGGAAAUUCAAUCAAAAUUCAGGCACCAAUUUGUAGGUAGUUCUGC